UCCCAGCGUGCACCGCGCGCGGUAACGCUCUGGCUGCGAUGGACGACUCGGAGCGACCCGUGGUGAACGGCAAGAAGGAGGCGGCGGAGGAGGAGAAGGAGGAGGCGGAGGAGGCGGGGGAGGAGGAGGAGGACGACGCCACCGCCGCGGUGGACGAGUCGGCGGGGGCGCAGAAGCUGAAGAAGAAGAAAAAGAAGAAGAAAAAGAAGGCCGCCGGAGACACUGACAAGGAGGCACCGGCGGCAGACGGAGUCGAGGAGGCACCCAAGACGUCGGAGCAGCUGACGUCCCCUACUGCUCCUGCUGUCGCCGACGGCGCUGGAGAGAAGGAGGACGGGGAUGAAGACGGUGAGGUCGAUGGCGAAGGCGACACGGGCGCAGCCAAGAAGAAGAAGAAAAGGAAGAAGAAGAAGGGGGGGGUGGUGCCCGGGGUGGCACAGGUCCCGGGAGGCAGCGCGCCCGUGGGAGAGAAGGUGUCCAAGGACGGAGUGGCGUGUGCUCAGACGGACCCGCCCACGAUCCCCAUAUGCGAGCUGUACGCCAACGGCGUCUAUCCCAGGGGCCAGGAGUGCGAAUACCCGCUGGACCAGGAUGGACGCGUGGCGUCGUGGCGCACGACGAGCGAGGAGAAGCGAGCGCUGGACCAGGCCAACGAGGAGGACUGGAUGGAUUUCCGGCAGGCGGCCGAGGCGCAUCGGCAGGUGCGCAAGUACGUCACGUCGUGGAUCAAGCCCGGCCUGAGCAUGAUCGAGAUCUGUGAGAAGCUGGAGGGCUGCUCGCGGCGGCUCAUCAAGGAGAACGGCCUCAAGGCGGGGCUCGCCUUUCCCACGGGCUGCUCGCUCAACAACUGCGCGGCCCACUACACGCCCAACGCGGGCGACGCCACGCUGCUGCACACCGACGACGUUUGCAAGAUCGACUUUGGCACGCACAUCAACGGUCGCAUCAUCGACUGUGCCUUCACCGUCACGUUCAACCCGAGAUACGACAAACUCCUGGAGGCCGUGAAGGCAGCCACCAACACCGGCAUAAAGAUGGCUGGCAUCGACGUGCGUCUGUGCGACAUCGGCGAGGCCAUCCAGGAGGUGAUGGAGUCGUACGAGGUGGAGCUCGACGGAAAGACCUAUCAGGUGAAGCCAAUCAGGAACUUGAACGGACACUCGAUCGGACCGUACAGGAUACACGCCGGCAAGACCGUGCCCAUCGUCAAGGGCGGAGAGGCCACGAGGAUGGAGGAGGGGGAGGUGUACGCCAUCGAGACUUUUGGCAGCACGGGCAAGGGCGUCGUGCAUGACGACAUGGAGUGCUCUCACUACAUGAAGAACUUCGACGUGGGACACGUGCCUCUCCGGCUGGCGCGCACCAAGCACCUGCUGGGCGUGAUCAACGAGAACUUCGGCACGCUGGCAUUCUGCCGGCGCUGGCUGGACCGCCUCGGCGAGAGCAAGUACCUGCUGGCGCUGAAGAACCUGUGCGACAUGGGCGUGGUGGACGCGUACCCGCCGCUGUGCGACAUCCGCGGCUCGUACACGGCGCAGUUCGAGCACACCAUCCUGCUGCGGCCCACGUGCAAGGAGGUCGUGAGCAGGGGCAGCGAUUACUAAAGGCCCGCCCCCUCAACGGGUGGUGGUGGGAGGGGGUGGAGGCGAUGAAACCGCGCCGCUACGAAGCAACGACAAGAAACAAAACACUGCACACUCCCCAUUGCGCCCCGUUCGGUUUACCCUUCUGGCUUGCCAACGUUUGCAGUGCGGUUGGUUUAAAAGGGACGGCGUAUCCCGCUCCCUCUCCGAGUCCCGUUCCAAGUCGAUUCAUCGUCCUGCCGCCUCCACCCUUUCGUUUGCCGUCGUGAGUCGACGAAUCCCCUCCACCCCCGCCCAACACCGCCCCCCCCCUCCCCCGCCCCACCGAGCUUCUGCGCCACCGACAGAAUGCCGUCGCACGCUUCUGCCACUUGUUGGCGCCGCCCCCCCGGAGUCGGCAACGGGCGCGCGCGCGCAACCGCUUGUGUGGUCUGCGCGUGCGCAACCCCGCGCUCCCCCUCCCUCGCUGUAGUCUUGGAGAAGACGAAGCUGACGAUUGCUUGGUGAUUGGCUCCGGCGGACACCGCCGCCGCCGUUCUCGGUUGGGGGCAGGACGGUGGGAGCGGCGUCGUGUGAAAGCCCCCCCCACCCCACACCCCACACCGGCAGAGACGCGCUCGCUCUCAGGUUUUACUCGUUUUCCCCAAAUUCACUCGCACCCGACGCAAAAAAAAAAAACGGUUCGGGAUUUAUCCGCAGUGGGGGGUGUCACCGUAGCGCCGUUUGUUUUUUUGUUGUUGUUCACCGGCGUGUUUGUUAGCUCGCAAGGCAGGAAGUGACAUCGAACGCAAGAGGCUGCUUAACUUAUGCAACAGCAUAGACGCUUUAAUCGUCGCAUCCUGGGCGAAUCUGCCGCCCGAACGGUCGUUGUGCCCUCGGUCCGUGGUCGGGUGUGCCGCGUUCACGCCCGAGUAUUUGGAGAUUGGCGGAGUUGGUUGGGGGUGUGGGCGCAGCAGGUAGGAGCCCCUCGGAGAGGCCGGGCCGAGCGACCGAUCUACAGAGAUCGCCCGCAUAGGGCGAGAGUGAGCGUUGGUUUGGUGCGGCGUUGUGGUCGCGAGCGGCUCGGCUGCGGAGCUCACCGUGCCCGGUGAGUCGCCGCUUGCUGAGUGGGAAUGUUUGUCUGCUAAGCGCACAAUUUGAGCUUCCCGUGUUGAAGUGUUUUCCCCUUAGUUGGGUGACAGGCGCGACUGGCCUGCCCACGUGGGAGCGGGGGGCAGGUGGGGAAAGGGGCCCGCACUGCGAUGUAAUCCUUGGAUUACAAAUAAAAGAACCUCACGAAAAUGUAA